UGAAUGAUCAAAUCUCCGCAAAUCAUUCUAUGUUCAUUCACCUCAACCUUAAAUUCAUUCAACUUUGUGUUGGACUUGGUGACGUACGGUGAAUAUAAACAAACACUUCCCCGCUGAGUUUAUUUCGAGUUCGAAGUGAACAAACAAUGUCUUUCUAUUAUCCGAAAAACUUUCGGGCCAAUGGCUGGGGUUGGCAUAGAACCGCGAACGCGGCAUCCGCAGUGAGUGGGUUUUUGAAUAAGGAACGAAAUGGCGGCGGCAGUUCUGAACGAUUAAUUGGUAAUGGCAGCUUAUACCCUAGCCUGCCAACGGAUGAUGACGCUACAUUCUCUGGGGUAAAGUUGUACCCGUCGCUUCCUGUUGAGGAAUAUGAGAGCGGGGCUGUCGCAGAAGUUGUUGAAGAGGCCUGUGCAGCAGUCAACGUUAGUUUGGAGCUGGGUGAAACUCGUCCAUCUUCAUUUGGCCCUGCAACGUACCAAGACUUCAAAGAAAUCAGGUCUCGUUGUUUGGCCGAUGGUAGAUUAUUUGAAGAUCCGGAGUUUCCAGCGAUAGACCGCAGUUUGUACUACAAGGAACGAUUGGAUAGACCACUGACAUGGCUUCGACCUGGGGAAAUGUGCGAAAAUCCGCAACUGUUCGUGGAGGGCUACAGUCGCUUCGACGUGCAGCAAGGAGAGCUCGGCGACUGCUGGCUGCUGGCCGCUGUCGCCAACCUCACGUUGCAUAGAAAACUAUUCUUCCAAGUGGUGCCCGAUGAUCAAAGUUUUGAUGAAGACUAUGCUGGUAUCUUUCAUUUCCGGUUCUGGCAGUACGGUCGUUGGGUGGACGUCGUCAUAGAUGAUCGUCUCCCCACUUACAGGGGGAAACUCGUUUUCCUGCACUCCUCCGAGAGGAACGAGUUCUGGAGUGCUUUGCUGGAGAAGGCUUAUGCUAAAUUACACGGUUCCUACGAGGCACUAAAAGGUGGUUCAACAUGCGAAGCUAUGGAAGACUUCACCGGCGGAGUAACUGAGAUGUACGAAAUGACGGAACUGCCUCCCAACUUCUAUACCAUACUUUUGAAGGCCUAUGAGAGGAACUCGCUCAUGGGUUGCAGCAUAGAGCCGGACCCCAACGUGCUGGAGGCGGAGACGCCGGCCGGCCUCAUCCGCGGCCACGCCUACUCCGUGACGCGCGUCAAGUACGUCGACAUCGAGACGCCCGGCCGCGCCGGCAAGAUCCCGCUGCUGCGCCUGCGCAACCCCUGGGGGAACGAGGCCGAGUGGAACGGCGCCUGGAGCGACAAGUCUCCGGAAUGGCGAUUCAUACCAGAGUCAGAAAAGGAGGAAUUGGGCUUGACUUUCGACGACGACGGCGAGUUCUGGAUGGCUUUCAAGGAUUUCGCCAGCCACUUUGAUAGAGUAGAAAUAUGUAACUUGAACCCUGAUUCAUUGGAUCCUGAAGAGUGUCCCGAAGGCUGUACAAAGAAAUGGGAGAUGUCUGUCUUCGAGGGAGAAUGGGUCAGAGGUGUAACGGCCGGUGGUUGCAGGAAUUACCUCGAGUCCUUCUGGAAGAAUCCACAAUACACCGUCACCUUAAAAGACCCUGAUGAAGAUGAUGAAGAAAAUAAGUGUACCAUCAUCGUAGCUCUCAUGCAGAAGAACCGUCGUUCCCAACGUCACCAGGGCCUGGAGUGUCUCACUAUAGGCUUUGCAGUUUACCGUCUCCCUGAUUACGGACAUGUCCCCAAGCCGCUAGAUGUAAACUUCUUCAAGUACAAUGCUUCAGUUGGACGUUCUCAAGCCUUUAUCAAUCUUAGAGAAGUCAGUGCUCGUUUCAAGUUGGAGCCGGGUUCGUAUGUGAUUGUGCCUUCAACCUUCGAGCCCAGUGAAGAAGGAGAAUUCCUCUUACGUGUGUUCUCAGAGAAAAGCAAUAAUAUGGCUGAAAACGACGAAGAAGUCGGUAUGGGCGACGUUGAUGACAGGGUAAAAGAAAUAACACCAAAUCCCGAACCAACGGAUCCAAUUCGUGACUUCUUCAACCGCUUGGCCGGCUCCGAUGGGGAGGUUGACUGGCAAGAGUUAAAGGAGAUUCUCGACUAUGCUAUGAGAGAGGAGCUGGCCAUGCGCCACGGGGCGGCGUACGACGGCGGGGGGGUGCGCGCGGGCGCGGCGGGGACGCCCCCGCAGGAGCAGAGCUGCCUGGAGCAGCUGCUGUGCGCGCUCUGCACGCCCAUCUGCAAGGAGAUCGGCGUCGACCUGCAGCAGGUGGCACAGCAGCAGGAGCAGGUCCAUCUUAACCAGCCGCAGCCGCAAGAGCUGCAAGGUGAGGGUUUCUCCAAGGACGUCUGCAGGAGCAUGAUCGCGAUGCUCGAUAAGGACAACUCCGGCGGUCUCGGCUUCGAGGAGUUUAAAUCUCUGUGGAUCGACCUGAGGCAGUGGCGGGCGGUGUUCCGCCUGUACGACACCGAGGGCCGCGGCGCCGUCCCGCAGCAGCACUUGCGCGACGCGCUGCACUCGGCCGGGUACACGGUCAACGCGCACGUGCUCAACGUGCUCGCGCACAGAUACAGUUCAAGCGACGGUUACAUACAGUUCGAUGACUUCAUAAUGUGCGCUGUGCGACUCAAAACCAUGAUCGCAAGCAACGAACCGCUUGAGAAUCUCGAGCGCGAACUGCAGAACCCGUGAGCGAACAGACGGACGCCCGGACAUAAAAACCUUUAAGGGGAGGUCUUCAGGGGGUGACUACGCCACGUUCUCCCUCGACGAAUGGCUGAAUCGCACAGUUUACUCCUAGAUACGAAUAUAUGCCUUAUUAUAUUAAUCUAAGGUCUAAAAUUGCACUUAAUAUGCCAAAUCAUUUUAAUGUUGUAUUGUCACAAAUAAUUAUAUCAUUUAUAAUUUCGGUGUUUGUUUUUAAAACUCAACUACGGGUAAUAAUUUUUUUGGCAUUUCAUUUAAUUUCCUAAUUCGAUGUAAUUUCAUAAUUCGACGUAAAAUAACUUAACAGAUAUGUGUAAGUAAAUAAAAAUAAAGAAUAACAGUAUUUUUGUAUCCACCGAUUUUCCAUUCCAGUUUUAGUCAGAAAUUAGUCAAGCAAUAGUUAGUGCUGUGCGAUAAAGCGAGGAGCUUAUAAGAAUAUGUAUACAGAGUUUAAAAAUACUAAAUGUUUAUCAAAGAAUCGAAUAUAUUUAUGUUAUGAGCACUAAGUUGACUCGACUCGACAUGCAUUUUUGUUGCAAGUUAUUUAUAUGACAAUUUUUUUUACUUAUAUUUAUAAUGUUUAUCCCAAUAUGAGAUCUGAAUAAAUAUGUUAUAUUUC